CAAACCACAUCUUGACGAAUCCAGCUUCAAGAUUCCAGUUAAACAAGGACUCUUAGAAAAUUGCUAAUUUCUAUCACAUAAAUAGUGAAUCUAGCUUCUACUUCGUCUCUCUCCCUUAAAUCCUCAAAGUGUUUCUUCAAUCGGAUUCAUUGAAAGGUUUUCCCAAGUUUUUCUUUGAGAAGAAGAAUAUGAGGUUCUUGGUUUUUUCCAUGAAUAUGAGAAUCUGAUUUGCUGGAAAAGUUUAUUGGGUUCUGGUGACAUAGCUUGUGUCCUAUUCAACUUGUGAGUGCAGCAUUUUUUUUCGAUUUGUAGGAUCUUCUGGUGUUCCACUGCUGAUUUUAUUGCCGUCUGAGUGGAAUUUUUCGAGUGAGGUUAAAGAUGUAUGUGGUGGAUAGCAAAGGAGGUGCUAUAGCAUGCAUGCUGCUGGCACUGUUCUUAUUGGGGACAUGGCCUGCUGUCCUGACUAUGCUCGAAAGAAGAGGCCGGCUUCCUCAGCAUACUUAUUUGGAUUACUCUAUCACCAAUUUGUUGGUUGCUGUUCUGAUUGCUUUGACAUUUGGUCAGAUAGGCAGUAGCACACCUGACAAGCCCAAUUUUAUAACUCAACUUUCACAGGAUAAUUUGCCUAGUGUUUUAUUCGCAAUGGCGGGUGGGAUAGUCCUGAGCCUUGGAAAUCUUUCUUCACAGUAUGCAUUUGCUUUAGUUGGUUUGUCACUGACAGAGGUGAUCACUGCAAGCAUCACAACUGUCAUAGGCACAACCUUGAAUUACUUCUUAGACAACAGAAUUAAUAAAGCCGAGAUUCUUUUCCCUGGUGUUGCUUGCUUCUUGAUUGCGGUUUGUCUUGGCUCUGCUGUUCACUCGUCCAAUGCAGCUGAUAACAAAGUAAAACUUGACAGUUUUCCCAGUGAUUCAAAAGAUGGAGAAAAGGCUCUAAAACAAAUUCCAGAUAAGGAUGGGUUAAAGGAUUUGGAGAGUGGAAAUGAGAAAGCGAAGGCUGGCACUGCAGACUAUCUUGUACAGAUUGAGAACCAAAGAGCAAUUAAGGUUUUUGGGAAGAAGACUUACAUUGGACUGGCCAUAACUUUCUUUGCGGGACUUUGCUUCUCCCUCUUCACACCAGCAUUCAACGUGGCCACAAAUGAUCAGUGGCAUACUUUGAAGACAGGAGUUCCUCAUUUGGUUGUCUAUACUGCAUUUUUCUACUUCUCAGUAUCUUGUUUCGUCAUUGCUAUCAUUUUAAACACCAUCUUCCUUUACCGCCCCAUACUAGACUUACCCAAAAGUUCAUUCAAAGCUUACUUGAACGACUGGGAGGGUAGGGGUUGGGCCCUUUUGGCUGGCCUCAUAUGUGGAUUCGGCAACGGUCUCCAAUUCAUGGGAGGUCAAGCUGCAGGAUAUGCUGCAGCUGAUUCUGUUCAGGCACUUCCACUUGUGAGCACUUUCUGGGGCAUACUUCUGUUUGGAGAAUACCGAAAAUCGUCAAGAAGGACAUAUAUAUUGCUUACUGGCAUGUUGACUAUGUUUAUUGUUGCUGUUGCUGUCCUCAUGGCAUCAUCGGGGCAUCGAAAAUGAGUAUUCACUCCUUGUCUGGAAAUUGUAUAUCUCUGUAUAACUCAGGAAUCCAGAGCAAGAAAAUAAUGAAGAGCAGAAUGAGCUCAUCAAUCAAGAAGAUUGUGAAUUGUGGAGGUGUUUCCAAAAAUGAUGGUAUUUUGGAAUAAUAAUAGUAAUAAUAAUGUGGGGUUAAAGAAAGAUACAAAUGGUAUCCUUUUACUACUAACGACUUGAACAAAGCUUCUCAAUGCUUUAGACGAGGAGUUCAGUAUGACGAA